CACACACACACACACACACACACACAGGCAAGGCUUAGGAGAAGAAAUUGUAGCAAAACACGUCGUUGGCCGGUUCGAUUUAGGGCACCACCCAAACAUUGCCACCAUAUUAGCUCCCUCGCGUUGCGGCAAAACACUCCCAUUCGGUAGCCAGGAAACCAGCAAAACACUUCACGGCACAGAAUCGUAAACGAAAAACCGCAACAAUGGCUGCGUGGCAGCGCUGAGAUAGGUGCAAGGACCUCCGGGUGAAGAUUAAUUAACGGUCGCGUUCAGCGGGCGCACUCUUCAUUACUACUACUACCGCUAUCGGCACCCUGCCUUGUGCAUAGCGAUCGCAGUGCGAUCAAAUCGAAGACGACGGCAGCUUAGCAAACCGUUGCGUAGCGGUAAUUGUUUGCAUUUUGUUUGGCCACGGUAUGCGCCAAAUUGUAGUGCGGAGGUUACCGUUUUCGAGCAGUACUUUUUCAAUUUUACCCACCGUUACUGAGUUGGUUUCGCAAUGGAUACAAACUCUUUGUGCAGUGCGCUAGUGGUCGCAGUUCGUUGGAUUUAUGCUUUAUUGGUAAGCCAGUUACACCCACACAUACACACACACAGAGACAGGCAGACACAUCAGCAUGCAUUUAAAGUAGGGUUUUGGUUGAUAAAUGCCAUGCACCACCAGGGCCACCGGCGCACGACAGUAGCUUAACGUUAGCAAAGUGUACGCAACGCAGCCGGCAUGCGCGCGGCAACGUGUUUUAUACGGUUUUAUUAGCGCAAAUUAAAUUUAUUAGCACCAGUGUUGUGCACCUGUUGCCAGGCGGAACGGUUUGUUUGUGUGCAGGGUUUGAUUGUUUGUUUGUUUUUUUCGCCCUUUCGAUACAUUAAAGUUAAAUUCAUUCGAUGUAAGAACUUGCAGCGUUACAAGCCGCAGGCGCUUUGCGUUGCACUAACGCAACGUAUUACGCCAGUAGGAAGGGAGUACAUUACUUACGUUAAAAGAUAGUGAUUUUAACUCGACUGUUGUAAAUGUUUCAAAGAAGAGGAGCGAAAUGUUUCCCUCUCACCACCCCUCUCCUUCCCUUCCCCACCCCCCCACCCUCACCAUUCCCCCUUCCCAAUUCUUGUAAAAAGCUACACACUACAACCAGAAGCGUCCGUUAGUGGCGUGCGCGGUAACGCAUGAUGGCGCACAUGGGUGUCGUCGUACGUGCGGCGUUAGGGAAUAAUAUGUUUAAAAAACAAAUGAAUACAAUCAGCAUGAAUUGGUCUGAUAAUGAAGUGUCUUAACUACAGGAAAUUCUACCAAAAUUCCCGAUUAUAUAAAAAGCGAAGCACUAGGGAGCCGAUCCGACGCGUGUCGCGUGACAGUGCAGGAUUAAAGGGGGGACCCCAAAAGGCAUAAUGUACAAACCCGCUGCGAAUACGAUCCGCAGCAGGUGUUGGUCCCGCUCUAGAACAUCAGCAGGAAACAAAAACGCGGUGCGAACGCGUUUAAUGUAAAAAAUAAUAAGCAAUUCAGUGUCACGCAACAACAAAAAAAAAAACAAACAACCGAAACCACGAAUAACAAAACAAAACAAAAACAUGGUAGCGUUUUAUACAGCAACCGGCAAACACAAACGCCGUAAAAGCCCGUCUCCAUCUCCAACUCGCAACUAGGAUAUUGCUGGGGAGUGCUGGGGUAGAGCCAUUUCUAACUAAUUGAGUGAAAUAAUCAAAACUACUACACACCACCACACACGGUGGAAAGCGGCAGUGGGCAAGAAGAAGAAGAGUAAAUGCGUUUUAGACGAAAGCUAACUUAAUAGUUCACAAUCAUAGCAAGUUCACGGGCGCAAAGGCAAGUAAGUAAGCAAACAUCAUUCCACAGAGAGAUGAAAGAGAAAACAGAAGUUAUUACAUCCUACAAAUACUGUUAGAUAACAAAAAAAAACACUCAAACACACACACACACAUUUUUUACUAAGCCAAAAACCUAGCUAAGUCGAUUAAUGUACUUAAAAGUAUUCGCUAUAGGACGAGUGUGUAUGUAUUUUAUAUUCAUCGUGACAGUAACAAAACUAAACAAAAAAAAAACAAAGGGAAUUGAUGCGAUAAUUGAGUAAGGUUGGGGUAAGGUGGUGGGUACUUUUGUUACUAGUGCUGCACACAAACACACACACACACACUCACACCUACAAAUACAGAAAAUAAAUUAAAACGCGUUGUAUAUUACAGGAACUAACACAUAACACUGCAAAGCGUGUGUGAAGCGUGUACGUAAGUUAUAAAGAUUUUCGUACAAAAAAAAAAACAAAACAAACAAACAUAAAACAACAAGUAAUGCUAUAAAUGUAUCUGUAGUUAGAAUUUGUAUCAGUCGCACACGAGUCGAUUAUGGUGCGUUGUGCGCGGGUGAAAAGGACUCAUCAAAAAGGUUGGUGAAACACGUAAAUUAAUAAAAAAAAAACACACACACACACACCCACUAGCCCGCAGAUCGGAGCACGGGUGCGCCGCGCCACCUGGCGUACCGGGUUGUGCAGCUGGCGCAUCACGAUCUCAAGGCGGUGGGUCACAUUAACAAACAAAACAUACAAAACACAAAAAACCAAUAGUUUUAGUCAAAUGAUAGCCGUAAGCAUGCUGACGGUAUUGUAAUAAUUCGCCAGUAUAGAAGAUGGGAGGGGAGGCAGUAGAGCGCACGGUUCACGUUCACAGUCACGCUGGUCACACCUCAUGCCGCUUCCCUUUCCCGCCCCCCACGACAAACACAUCGAAGCUACAGCUGCUCGACCGAGAGGGAGCAGCAGAAAGAGAGGGAGAGAGAGAGAGGAGGCCAGUGCCAAUGGGACUACUCCAUGCCGGAUGGCCACACCGAAUUGAACGACCUGUGGACGGUUCGAAAAUCAACUUUUUAAUCAACCAAAUACAAAACGAAACCAAAACAAAACAAAAACCCCCCUCAUCGUACAGUGCUGAAGGUGGGCUCAACAAGACAUACAGAUAAACAGCAGCAACAACAACAACAACAACAACUAAAACGAGAACAACAAAACAUAAUAAAAAAAAAGAAAACACUUUUCAUAGUUAACAGAAUGAUAAGCAAGUUAGUCCAUAGCUACUACAAAAUCUGCAUCGAACCAUUGAUAAAAUGCAAGCAAGGUACAAUAUUUAUGAUGUACACGGCUCAAACGUUUCAUACUGUCCGAGCGCGUUAGCAAAUCAAACAACAGCAAAUUAGAGGAAAAGAAAUGGGUACAAUUUGUGCAGCAAAUGGAUUGGAUUGGUAGAACAUUUCAACUUGUUUCAUUGCUUUUUCGUUGAAACGAAUGUCGUACGACAACCCUUUUUUGGUUAGUUUUAAUUAUAGAUUUUACCUUUUUGGAUGUUUGUCAAUGCAGAACGUUCAUAGAAUACGUUUUACUGUCCUUUUUUUAUUUUUUUGAACGAUUGAGCUUUAUUUUUAAAAUUUGAAUUUGUUGAAUGUGAAAUUUGUAAUUUUGUCAAACUAGCAUUUUUUUAAUUUAUUUAUUUUUAUCCAAAAACUCUAGCUACUAAACUGAACAAAUACAAUCUCUGCGUGCAUGCUAGCACGCAGCACAACAACAACUCAUAACAUUUUCUUCAUAUUAUAAUGAAAUUUAAAAAGAAAUAAUCCCGCCCAUAAACAACAAAGGGGCCGGUGCCUAAAAUAAUACCAUGAGUAAACCAAACCGCGUACUAGAGACAGAAUGUAACAAAAAAAAACAAACGAAAAUGAAACAAAAAACACACUUUACCUUUUUCAAAAAAAAAACAAUGCCAGACUGUUUGUAGUUGCCAAUGCUAUUAAAUGAACAAUUGCUCUAAACACGGAAAACAAGCCGACGAACAGGGAAAGACGAAAGGGAGGAAACCACACACGCACACACUCAAAACUCACUAUUCCUAUUACCUAACAAAAACUGUCGAAUGUGAAAGAAAGAAUGACAUAAGGCAGCACAAAAUUAAACAACACACACACAAACAAAAGGUAAGACAAACAAAACUAAACACAAUCGCACAACCACAACACCGAACAACACUCGUUCAGCACCAUGGGAUGAACACCCUCUGGUGAACGACGGAGGGAAUCCAAUCGAGGGAGCGGGAGGUAGAGGAAAACAUAACAAAACGGAUACAUUAAAAUGUGCUCAAAGUUAACAUGUAUAAUAAAGUAAAAGUAAAACAUUUAAACUAGCGAUUACAUUACAAACAAACCACACUAGCACGCAUGUGCAUAAGAGAGUGAGGGAGAAGGGGAGGGGGGCAGAAUGAAGGAAAAGAUGUGGCCAUUCCUAGGCCAAUAGAUAGAAUUUAGUAGCAGCAGCUGCAACAAAACAGCCACAACAACCAAAAUACAAAACAACAGAAAACAACAUUAAACAAAGCAAAGACGUUGUUGAGAUAAUAUUAACUAAUUUUCUAUCAAUCGCUCACUUGAUUUGCUAUCAUCGCGGGUGCUGGUGGUGAUGAUAGCAAAUCUGGUGGAUGGGUUGGCAUGGGAGGGGGGGGGUUGAUAGACUGUCCUUUUUCAUCUUUGACAUGUUGGAGGAGCUUAAGUGAACUUACUUUACACAGGCGUGAAACCCGAUCUUUUCAGUAUCCAUCAUUGUUGCAAACAUUCAUAUCGAGCGAGUAGGCGAUAAUGGGACGGGAGAUAAGCUAUACUUUUGUUUGUUGACAAUGUAUGAAACUCGUUUUAAAUGAUUUAGUUACUAAUGGGGUGGGUUUGUAACUAAAGGGAACUGAUACCCAGUAAAUCACGUUGUUUGUUGUUACACAUACUUCGUUAGGUUUUUGUUUUAUCUCUGUAACAGUAAAGAGAGAUAGAGAGAAGAUAUAAAGAGGAAAAGUAAGAGAGAGAGAGAGAUAAAAAGAGAGAGAAAGAGAGAGAUAGAUAGAGAUAGAUAGAGAUAGUAACAACCUUUAUUAUGGUAAUUAAGGAAUGUAAUGUUGAUAGCUUUGUUCAGUAGCUUAUUCAUGACAAUCGGUUUGGUAGCAUCAUUAAUUGAUCGAAUAUUUUGCAGUAAAAAGUUCGUCCAGUUAUUUAGCGUCUAUCCAAAUCUACAAAAAACAAGACUUCACUCAAUGUGACAAGAAUGCCUCGAACAAAACCAAAAGCAUAUUAUGUUUUAUCACAGACACACAGACACAACCAUUUUGAUUACAACCCUUCUACAAUUGUGUGCUAAGGUAAAGGUAAACACAGGAGAUAUGUGUGUAAUUCACUUCCCUUCCACGUCACCACUGUAUGCGCCCCUGCCCAUUAAAAAUGUCGCCUUGGAAAUGUCUCCAAGCAAAAUAAGAAAACUAUUCGAAAUAUUCAUGGAAAAAAAAACACACACACACACUCAUAUAGACAAACUCUACAAUGAUAAUCCCUGAUCGUGAUCUCCGACAUUGUAGUUGCAUAAGCGAAACGUAACCUUUUGAACAUUAUGGCAUGACCCUGAUUUCAAAUCGAGUGUCUUCCAGUCACAUGUCAGUGCAUUUUGGCUAUUAUCCGAGUAGAUGGGAAGGAACGAGUGAAACACGAAGAAAGGUGUGUUUUAAAAUGUUAUGGCGUUGUGGUGUGGGAGGCGGAUAAAUAAGAAAAUGGCGGCGAAGCACCUUAAAGUGAAAUCGAAGUCCAAGCGUGUGUAAAACGAGCAAAGGCAAACAAAAAGCUCACCAGCUUAAAAGCAUAACUAGCCUACAGGUAGAUGUAAUGAAAGGAUAACAGAGAGAGAGAGAGAACGAAAGAGCGAGAGAGUGAUAGAGAGUGAGAGAGUGAGGCAGAAAAAAAGCAUAGCCUUCUAAGAACUGCAUCAAACGGUAAAGCAGCAGCAGCCGGUGAUCGAGCCACAAAAAGUAGGGACGGAAAACACUUUAUCAACACAUUAAAGCAUAAGGGCCCUCUUGCCACACAAGUGCAUGCAAAUGAUGGUGUUGCAAUCAUAGUAGGCGAAGCCGUUUGAAAAUCAACUGCUCGUAGUGUUGUUUUGUCGCCCCUGAUACGAGCAUUGGAAGCGUUGAUAAGUUGUAAAAGCACUCUCUUGGCUGGCGGGAAAAAGGGUAUAAUUAUCGCACCAUAUAAUGCUUUGCUUCAAAAUUUGAGUCGAGCGGGAAACGGAAAUCCAUAAUUCCGUUUCAUGUUUUUUGUUUUUUGCAUUCCCAAAAAUGGAAAAUUUCAUUUGCCACCAGAACAAUUACACACCGAACAAAAGGCCAUCUGUUUUCUGGGCGGACGAGAUUCGAUUUUGUUCCAAUUAAUCCGGUCGGUGGGGAAAAUCGAUUACGGGCAACGUGUUUUUUUGUCGAUAAAAGAAGCACGAACCAACUUCGCGGUGGUCGCGAAGGAACGAACUUCUUAUUAUGUGAAACUGAAACAAUUGGAAUAUUUAAAUGAAUGAAAUUCGAUCAACCGAAAACGAUUUUGUUUCGACACACACACACACAAACACACAAAACUGAACUUUGCUGAUCCACCUCGAUCGAUGACGCACGCGUACCUCGCAGCAGACGGGAGGCUGUCCCGAACAGGGAAAUUGGAAAAUGAAGCGAAUCGUCGUUGAUUUUAAUUUCCGACACACCCUGAACACCCGGAUACUCCGUUCAGCCGGAGCCAGUGGCUUUCGCUUCCUUUCCCGUCGAAAGAAAAACCCGCCUCGGGAAAGAUGCUUCCGGGAUAAAAAGUUGUUUUUCUUUACCCGCGUUCGUUUAUCGCAUUGUACGGCUGAUAGUUGCUUUCCGUUCCCAUUUGGCUAGGUGAAUUCUACGCGUGUAAGCCGCGCCCUGACGCCUAGCCGGGUCAUCUGUGGCCGCGGUCGACAUUUUCGCGUGAAGGAUUAAGGUACGGCGUCCGGUACGGCUUACAGGAUGCAAACCGAUUAUCCUGCCACGGAUAUGGAUCGUGUUCGGACAUGUCCGGUGAGGGUGUCCUUUUUUUUGCAAAAGGAAUUUUGCAUCAUUUUUGUAUGGAUUUUGUAACUACUAUUUGCUUGUAAAUGUAUGCAUGAAAUUUCGCCAAAUAUGUCUUUCCAGCUGUAACUCAAUCUCAACCUAUGCUUUAAUAAUGGCAAUAAUUCUGAUUCGUCAAAAUCAUGACAAAUAGGUAAUAAAAAAAAAGCGAAAAAACAUCCAACACAUACACACAAAAGGGCCCCUUUCACACAGCCGGUUGUCGGUUGACUGAUUCGUUCCCUCCCUAGGUUCAGCCAUCCGCCCCGUUUUUACUCAAUCGUAACCACACGCAAACACAGCGGACACAGCAGCAGCAGCAGCCAGCAGGGCCGGAAGUAUUUUCCACCGAAUUUAUUGCUUUUCCUUCUGCGAGCGUAAAACGUGACAUGCCAAACAAGUGCAAGUGCAGCCCAAUCCCGAACCGACCCGGAGUAAGCCAUUACAUUUCUCGCUUUCAGCUUCUUUGUACGAUUAUGCUUGGCUGGCAGUUUGAAUUCAACACAUCACCGUUCCACGCCGACGAAUUCGGUCGAUCGCUCAAAUCAUCAACCACCACAACCUCAUCGAGUUGUUGCCGGUUUGUUGAAAGGGAGCAGCUCCUUUAAAAGAGAGUGGCACAGAGAGAGAGAGAGAGAGAGAGAGAGAGAUAGAAAGAGUAAACUGCAAAAAAAAGUACUCAAAACAAAUCUCACACACCGUUUCAACAUGCCUUGGGUUUUGGUUUGCUUGUUCGUUGCCGUUGGUUUUACAGCAAAUGUGCCACGGGUUUUCCUCGAGCUGUCACGGCCAUUCGGUACCGUUGAGGGCCGACCGGAUUGUACACACCCACAUCUACACAACAUCGCAACAUUUCCCCCCUCCGGGUGGCCCCCGGCGGGUUCUGUGUUGGGCAAUGAUGUUUACUGACAUAACGAACUCCGGCACGAAUUUGCCCUUGCGGUUGGUGCAAUGGGUGCAGCGGUAAGAAAUGCUCGUGCUUCUUUCGUUCGACGGCGUGCGAUGCAAGCAGCACGGAGCAACAGCAGGCUCUUCCAAACGGGCCCGUUGCUAGGGCUGCUGCUUCCCAUGCCCGAACAUGCACAGCACAUGCACAUUCGUGUCGAUGGAUUCCGACGAAAUGGAGCCAAAUUCAAUCACCAGAAUAAAUGAUACCAGUGCCACUCGAUGGCUCAAUACGGCUUCCCCGUCCAUUUCGUUCGCGAAAUGGACUGGACGUGAGUGGUCGGUGCACUUAGAGCUGCUGCUGGUCGAUUGUCCCUGCCAUUUUUGCUGUUGUUUUUUUCACCGAUGCUUGUCACUUUUCGGACGGAAAUGUUGACGGGUGCCAUUAAACGGACAACAGACAUCGAGGCUUCGGAGGCUAACCCGACUAUCAUCACUGUGUGGCAUACACUGCUUAGUGAAACGCAGCACAAAAAUUGCUGGCACACAAGCAACACAAGCGGGGAUGCCCUAGAAAAACAGAAAUAGGGAAGCAUGCACUGUGCACGCGUGAUUGUCCAAACUCUGCUCAGAGGAGAUAGUUGUGCGAUUUUUAUCUCUACUGUUCGUCCAGUGCCAUUAACUGACGCUCUUCUCCGCCCAUGUUUGGCCCCGUUUUCUUCCACCCUCCCUUUUUACUGACCACUGGCGGUUCGGCGGUACCUACCGGAUCCGGAUUCUGUACUAUUUAUUUUCUUACUGGACACUUCAAUCUUUGCCAAUCCAAUUUGUUGCUCUAGGGCGCAUUUUGGAGUGUGGCGCAUACAAGACACAAAAAAACACGAGGUCCAGGCAACCACUUCCGACUCUCGUUUCCGCACUUUUUCGCUCCAUUUGAACACGAACAGACCAUUGACCGGUUCCGCAUUGACCUGCGACCGAGAAGGGAAGGGUACGGCGGGUACGAAAAGCACAAUUUUAUGCUCAAACAAUCCAACAAACCACCCCAAAAACCAACCAAUCCAAACCAGGGCGGAGGUCCCGUCCGUUUUGCUAGGCAAACUGGGGGAAAAAAGUGAAGAAAAAGCAGCCACUUUUGUCAAAUUCAAUAGGAGACCGGUAUUCGUUCGAAGGGACCGGUCGAACCGGUUAGGAAACGGGUCCGGCUCGGUGUACCGUGUCAAAAUUGAGGUUAAUUAAGCGGGAAGAAAGGUUUUCCGCGUUUUGGCCUAGGGGUCUGCUCCACCUAGACCACGAGUUUCGUCUUUGCGCUUGUUUUGGGUUGCAAAGGGUCUGCGGAGGGGCGAUGGUGCUCGUCGUUUCGACACAAAAGAUGCAUGAUAUGGUGGUGCGGGAAAUGCGCAAUGAAAGGACCGUUACGUUUGCAGCACGUCGGGAAAAAGUUUCGCUCCUAGCAAGAGUUGUAAUUGGAUUAUUGGACGAUUUUGAAGCAGCACAAUGCGCCCCAAGAGAGCCCAAAAAGUAAGGUAAACAACCAUUGCUGAAAUGCAUUGACUUGUGUGUAUGCAGUUGGUCAAUCUGUUAGCCAACUGAAGUUGCCGCUUCCCCGUUUGCUUGCACUUGUGCAUUUGUGUGUGAAGAGGGCCUUCACUUACACAAGAAUAAAACACUCUUCCAUUCCGCUUCAUUGUUCCGAAUUCCAAAUAGAAAAGAAAAAACAGGCCAAAGCAACAUCUUCGCUCCUCUCUGUCCCAACAUUGGGACUUGAUUCCGCCUUCCGCACACAGAGGAAACUGUAGUUCGCAAGUGUGUGUGUGUGUGUGUGUGUGUGUGUGUGUACGACGAAUUAAUGAAGCAAAAGCAAAUAAUAAAUCUGAAAUUCGAAGGUUGUUUCAUCUAGUACGAUAGGGAAGCCAAGAAACGCCCAUUCGUUAAGACAGGGCGAAGCAAAAUAUAAGUAAAACAAGCAUCAGAACGGCAGGAGAACGAUCGUCAGACGAAUGAUCUACAACAGUACAGUACAGCAACUGUAUCGCCCUCUGUGUAUGUGUGUGUUUGUGUGUAAAUAAGCAGCAUAAUAAUAUGAUUGCCAAACAAAAAUUGGUAGUUUUGUAUAUACUAAAACAUCGUUUAACCCCAUACAUGUACAGUGCUCGGUACGGUGCGCUCCUAUUUCGGGGACCGGGGAGCACAAAACCCUUCCUUUUUUCCACCGGCAAACUAUCCACCAAAAAAAAGGGAAAGAAGGGAAAGAAGGAAAGGAGCUAAAAGCGAACCCAACCAUCUACUGCAUCAACAAUCAACUCACGACAAAUAAUCAUCAUUAGUGCGGAAAUUUCUUACUUUGACGCCUUGCUUCUGGGAAAAGAAUGUUCAUCCUUGCCGGGCAGCCGCUUUGCAGCACGGUUGUGUUGCACCGUAAAAUGCAUCGAACACACACACGCACACACACGCGCACAGCACUCUACACUUUCGUGGCCCGCCUGUUGAUUGAGACAAUCGCUUAGCAAGUAAACGCCCGGAGCUACCGACCCCGGAAGCCCCUUGGAACCAGCGUGCGGCCAGAAUGCAAACAAAAACCGCAGCAACCGGAAGUACAAUUUCUAUCAAAAAUGCAGACAAACACACACAUACACACGCACACACCACAAACACUCGUUUCGACACCUGUUUGCUAUUUUAGGUUCUGCUUGCACCACCAUCGCGAACAGGCCUGUCCGCCAACAGUGGAAACUCCACUCAAGCAUCAACAGCAUCAGCAUCAUGGCCAGCUUUGAAUCUUCCAGUUGGAGCAACGCGCACGCUAACACACACAUACUCAUUUCAACCAUGCAAACAUACGUAGCUAACGCGCAAACGAAACGUUGUACAAAUUGUAGAAGAAGCGAUGGAUGAAAAUGGUGGUGAAAGUUUAUGCAUUUUGAAAGAGAAGCGAUGUAUUGCCUGAGCAGCAGAUAAGAUGGUGCAAGGAAGCGGUUGCACCUACGGUUACAUUUCACUAUUGCAGCCAGAGUGCAAUGCACUACUACUACUACUAUUACUAUAACUAAUAUUACUCCUAUUACUACCACUGCUACUGUUUUUUUUUUGUACGGAAUACAAACAGGCACACUGUUCUUCGAGCCACUUCGAGGAGGAGACGAAUUAAUGAGAAGUUUAAUUUUGUGUCACCAUUUUUGGUUGCCAUGCCAAUAAUACAUCGACGCUCAUCCAGAAGCGUUGCGCGAAACACGGGGCACGGGUGCAGAAAGCACACGUUUGCGAAUAUGUGUAUGAGUGUGUGUGUGUGUAUGUGCGUGUGAUGAGAUCGUCUAACUAUUGCAAGACACAUUUUUUAUACGUACCGUGUAAUGGUUUUGUAAGAAAAAAGCAUAAAAACUAAGUGAAACUACCAAAAAAUAUGCAACGCUAGUCAGAAAGCAGGGGGCGAAAAGCAUCGUGAGCGGCUCUAUAUCGGAUAAACAUUAGCAGGAGCAACAACAACCAAAAAAAAAAGAAGCUCAAUCCACUAACACACGUGACACACUCACGCCAAAUUAAACUUCCUAAGACGCAAACAUAAGAACAGUAAGCGAGAAAGCUAACGUAUAACGUUAACAACAACACACUAAGCAAAAAUGUGCAUAAUGUCUGCCAUAAACAUACACACACACUUUCUCGAGAACAUCCAAAACACACACACAAACACAUCCUUAUAACGAAAACAGAAUGCAAAACGUAAGGGAAGUAAAACCCAAAACAACUCAAAUACAAACCUAACCUUAACGAUACUCGAACGGUAGUUAUAAUGAUAAAAUUUAAACCAAAAUCAACUAACAAACACAACAAAACAAGCCAAAAACAAUGCCCAUCGCGCAUAGCGAUGUUUGUCCAUUAACUCAUUCCAAUUGUAAAUUACUCAUGACAACAGCAUCACCGCCAACUGCGAUGGAUGUAGCAGGGCGAGUACAUGCGAAACAUGCAUCCCACAAAAUAAAACAUGUGCACCAUCCAUUCAAACUGUCCUGACCUCCUUCCUGUCUCACAAGCCCCCCUUUUGUUCCCUUUCCCAAACUUCUACCCCCUUUCGCUCGCUUUGUCUUUCUCUCUCCUUCUCUCUCUCUCUUUCUCUCUCACUCUUUCUCUUUCUACCCCCUAUCUCCUCCCCACUUCAAUAACCCAUUAUCUACACUAUGCUGCUUCCAUUUUCUAUUAGGCUUCAUUCCCUUCCAAACUCACCCCCCCCCCCCCCCCCCCCUCCCCAACUCCAAUCCCACACGCACAAACAAAAGAUACAUCUGUAUCUGGCAAAGCUAGUAAAGGUAACAAUCUAAAGAUAAUGAAACCAAAACAAAAAAAAAAAAACUUUUCGUUCUAUUGUAAUGAUUUUAUUUGUGUGAAAACAUUUCGUACUUUUCAAUUAAAUUGAUCAAAUGAUAUUAAUUGAAAAUGGAAACAAAACAUAAACCAGAGCUGUGAAUCUUAAUCGAUGCUGUUCACGGGGGUUCGCACCAGAACCUUCGUCCCGAGCGUCCCCUGCCCCUGGGAAGGUGAGCCGGCCCUGGCGGCGUGCACCACCACCCACUCCGCUCAAUCUCGCCGGAAGCUUCAGCCCUUCCGUUCAUGAAGCAUAAUGCGCCUCCACCGUACGCAAGUGUGUUUGUGUGUGUGUGGGCGAGUGUGUGCGGAUGGAUUGGCGGUGCCGGUCGAGCCGGGUCGCUCGCCGGAUCGGGCGCGGGUACGUGCGCACGGGUACACGAAACAUCGCAUUGGAUUCUUGAACAUAGAGAGUAAUGUAAAUAUAUUUUUUAACGAAACCAUGAGGGGAAGGCGACGACGAAGAAGAAGAAGAAGAAAAACAAACACGUAAAUAAAUUUUUAUAAUUGUUUCCCAAAAGCAAAGCGCAAAACGAACGCGAAGGAGUAAAACCAAAACACGUAAGCAAAAAAUAAACAUUAUUUAUAGUACGACGAUCCAUGUGAUGAUGAUCGGUGGCUAACGAUGAUCGGUCCCGGGUUCGGCCGAUCGGUUGCUAGGUUGCGCCCACAUUAAAGGUGCGCCGAACACCUUUUCAAACAUACAGUUGCUACGCACACACACAGGCGUGUAGCACUGUAGCAACUCAUAAACUGUGCGUCUCUGUGGCACACAUGUGUACAGAACAGGAUGAUGAAAGUUAAUUAUUUAUAGUGAAAGAAAAAAAACUUAACUAACAACAACAACAGCGCUGAUAGGUGCAGAAAAAAAACCCCUAACAUUAUAAAUAUUAAGCUGUAAGUAAACAAGCACACAGACACAUGCAUACUUUUUACUAAAAAUGAGCCGAAAAUAAGAAACGACGCAGUAGAAAAGACACGGCGUCAAAAGGACACGGUUGAGGCAGUUAAGGUAAAAACAGCAGCAAAACAGACAACAUAACAACACACUCAAUGCGAGAUGUGGCUACUAAUUUAUAGUUACGGCUGGCGGUUCCACACCUCCGUUCGUAAGCCGGCAUUCUACGCUAUUCCCUUAAAUUUCUCCCCAAACAUUGGUGAAUUGAUUUUAGUGUUUAAGGGCUAGCACGAGGCGGGCAUAAUGGCGUACCCGUUCUACCCAGUUGCUGGCCGAAACACGAAGGAAACUGGAAGGAAUUAAACUCGUGAAGAAAACCCCCAAAACAACACUACCAAACAAUGAUAGCGAAUAUGUUGGCAGUGCGUGCGAAAUCAGAAAUCAAACCAAUUCCAGCAAAAAGGGAGAGUGUCCGGCGCGACACGCGUGAACCCAACAAAACACAGCCAAAAAACAAAAUAAUCUCACAUAUUGCAAAUUGAUAAGGUUAUAAGUGCACCACGGAGCCCGUGCCCCUGUGCCGGCGCACCGGUAACGAUUCCACCCUCGCGCGGGAGCGUGCCCCUUUCUGCACUGCACGGUGGGUGUAAUACGAAGGUGGAGGUGGGUGAGAGAGGUCAGGGCGAGGAAUAAAAUACGUUGUGAUCAAAAUACUCAUUCUUAAUGUUACUGUCACGUGUAAAAAACAAACCCAAGCGGAUGAUGAUGCAUCACGAAAUCACUGAGUGACGAAAACACCAUUGCCGUGGAAUUAGGAUACGAGCGGGUGUGGAGGUCUACCAGGGAAGGGGGAGAGAGUCGUAGGUACAGCUGAAAUGAUAGGUGUAGUGAACAGCAAAGCAGAAGAGAAAAGGGACGAAGAAAAAAAACAGAAUCGCCCGAAUCGCACCAGAGGCACAAUGAUGCGCGUUAAUCUUCCGCUCAGCUUGACGAAGCUGCAAUGUCUGAGGGCAAUGUCAAUCGAAACGAAUGUUGUUAAUCACACUUACACACCUGCACACAUACACAACGACUCACACAGACACAGACACACACAUUCAAAACAGUACGUGAAUACAUAAAUGAUAGAGCAACAGCGCCUGGGCGAAAUGGGCGGAAGUAAUUACUCUGCCGCUCUGAAAGGGCGCGCAAUAAGGCACGGUUGAGCAGUGUGGGCAAGAAGGGCAGCAAACACGGCGAGGGGGGAGAGAGAGGGUGAAGGAUGAUAAUAGGUACAGUACACACUCGCAACCCAUCAUCACCCACAGCAACCCGUGCGAAGGAUAUAUGCUCCAUCUGGUGAGCACGUGAGCGUGUGCGAGUGCUUGCGCCUCCGUCGCGUAGCAACGGGGUGAACAGGAAAGGACGAACGUAUGGCUCGCGCUCUUCCGCAGUGUAAUACCACGAUCGCUCACAGAAGACGCAAGGGAAUCUGAUCAGUUUUUGUUUUUUUUUUUUUGGUAACGAGUUAUACUUAGCAUUGAUAAAAACAACGGACACGCACAGCAAACAGUUUAAAGCAAACAAACGAAGAGGAGAAGAGGAAAAAGAAAAACAACAAGUCAAAACUAUUGCUACAGAGGUUGACUGGAAGGUGGACGGAAGAAAGGUGGGAUAGAGUGGUGAGCGAUGUAAAAUACCGGUUCCGGGCCGGGGUACGAAUACCGGCGGUGUGGGGUACGAAGGAAUUACUGGCAAAAGGGCAGUCUUACGAAACGAAGCAAAACCACAUGAUAAGAAGGUAUUAGAUUGUAUAUUAUAGAAAUUUAUUAAUAUAUACAUAUAUAAAUAAAUGUUACGCGUUAUUAAUAAAUUAUAAAAAAAUAUA